AAGGUACUCAAAGGAAGUGGUGGUGUCAUUUGGGCGUGUAAAAAUUACGAUGGUGAUGUGCAGUCUGAUAUCGUUGCACAAGGUUUUGGUUCACUUGGCCUAAUGACAUCGGUGCUGAUGUGCCCUGAUGGUAAAACAAUAGAGGCGGAAGCAGCACACGGUACAGUCACCAGACAUUACAGAGAAUAUCAAAAGGUUUUGUGA